GCUUUCUGCGGGGUUCGGGCACCUAUCUCUAAUGCAGUUUUGACGAUCAUUCUAGUCUGGUUGGUGCUCCGUCGUUUUCAGCUCAGUCCGGACAGCCACAUUUGUCGUAUUUUCUUCAUAUCGGGCACCUUGGGACGGGCGGCUUGUUGCCCAAAGGGUGUUCCCAAGCCAAUGAUAGAUUCCAUUCAGUCUCUCCAAUGUGAUGGGUUGUUCUGAGGGCCUGGGACAGAUUUAUUGGAACAGAUGCCCUGAAGCCAGCCGCUGCUGGAGCAACACGGCCAACGCCCGUCUUCCAAAAUGGCCUCUUACCACCGUGUCCUGGAGGUCUUCGGUCGCUCAAUCGAUCAGAAGUCCCUCGAAUGCGAUUACGACAUUCACCCUUGGGACAUCCUCAUCAAUAGCGAACGAUGGUCAGGAAAGGUCCGGCUGAUAGGUUUCGUGGACUCGUUCUUCCUGAUCUGUUACUCGGGCGUGUCCCGCUUCGAGCAUGGUCUAUUGAUCUACAAGGAUGACGAGAUUAUACGAAACACGUUGAAGUCCGCCAAUGUCAUCGCAGAGAGCCUUGAUCUUGAGUUGCAGAAUCCCAAGCGAGUCAAGGAAAACAAUGAGGAACCGACGUAUUUCAAAUUCGUCAGUGAGAAGGGCGGCCUCGACUACAACAUCACGACCCUCGGGCAUCCCGUUGGCCUUACGACCCAAUACCCCGCGUCUUCGCUCAAGAAGUAUGACAUCAAGUUGAGAAAGGGGAGAGAUAUAGUCAUGCGGAAACGCAUCCGUCGUGGCGUCACUCAACACAACUUUUUCGGCCUCCUGCACGAUUCCGUCCGGCUCGGUGUUGUCACGCAAGCUGAGUUGAUCGGAACUAUUAUUGGCAAAACUAUCGGUGGGUCGACGUUUGAGGAUGUCGCUGGGAAGUACCUCGACGCUCUUUCGGGGGCCAAGGGGUCGAGAAACUUGGCCCUGUCUGGAGAGAGGACAUAGCAUACUGGCUUCACCUCAACUAGCUGUCGGGAUCCCAAACCCACCAGCGGCGUAACUUCCCAACCCAUCAAUUUAGCUACCAGUCCCC